UGCUGUGGGGCAGGGAUGCGUGGAAGGCUCGGUCCCGGCAGCCAGAGGGUGCCCGGGGCGGGGCGGCCGCUCCCGGCGAGGUGGGACGGGGCGGGCGGAGGAGCCGCGGCCCUGCUGGGUCACGGCACAGCUCGGGGAAUUCUUUGGGCACGGGCUGGGAAUUCUGCCUGGGUCAGGGCACUGCUCGGGGAAUUCUUUGGACACAGGCCGGGAAUUCCGUUCCCCGGCCGCGGAGCAGGAGCUGUCCGUGAGGAAGAGCCUUUCUCCUGGAAGGCCCCGGUGCAGCUCGCCAGUCUCCAUGUUCAAGGGUUUAUGUGGGAAUCAGAGCAGAAUGGAUCGGUAUCGGUAUUUCAUCUUUAACCAGAGGAACAUGAUCGUGCUGGGGAUGUUCCAGCUUGCCUUCAGCACCGUCUGUGUCACCUGUGGGUUCAUAGAUGGCAUUUUCAGAACAGAGUCCCAGCUGGGCAAAACCGGAGCUCCAAUUUGGGCUGGCAUGGUGAUGGGAGUCCCAGGUGUCCUGGCUUUGUUCUCCUCGCAGAGGAAGAACCCAGUUCUUGUGAAUGUACUGAUAGUUGCUUCCAUGAUCUCUUGUGUUGCCAUCUUCAUUGUAAUAGCUUAUAGCUCCUUCACACUGAGCUAUGGUGAAGAGGAGGAGCUGAGUUCUGCCCCAGUCCAUGUUAUCCAUACUAGGUUUGUGCUCAGUAGGGUUGUCCAGGGUGCCAACAUCGCCAUGCUGGCCGUGUCCAUCUGCAGUGCCUGUUGUGUGCUGGCCAUGGCUUACCUGGGCUGCCGGAGCCUCCCGCGCUGCUCCUGCUACGACAGCGUCACUGGCAUGGAAUGGUUGCAGCCCAGUGAGGACCAAAAUCAGGCCGUGGAAAUGAUUUGUGCUGUACAAAGCCCUGGGCGGGGAAUUUUUACCUUCACAGAUCGGUUUCCAGCCCAGUAUGCAGAUGCAGAAGAAGACACAUCCAAACCUCCACCAUAUAUCAGAAUGACUUGAAAAAGUGGCUGAACAUUCUGUUCAAAUGUGGCAAGACAGUGCAAUCAGUUCUUAAUCUUUAGAGGUGGUUAUGCACUUUUCCUUGGCCAUUUGAAAAGCGCACACAGAGUGAACUAGUGAUUGUCUGGCACUGAGCAGAGAUCACAGUGCAGAGGGAAACAUCUGCAGGUGAUUUUGAACUUUCAGAAUAUGUACAGUGAAAAUACCUCAUUGCUUCUGGGAAGUGAGAGCAUUUUUUAGUCCGGCUUUUGUAUUUAAAUCAUGUCUUAUUUCACUAGAAUUCAUCAUGUAAUUUGUGUAGCAGUGCUAGCCUUAGGCAUUUAGAUAUUAAAUACAAUUCCUUUUUCUUCAAAUGCUAUCUCGAUUUCUCCCUCUUACUGCAUGAAUUAUUUGGAUGAUAAUGAAGGACACACUUCAUCCUUGAGCUUCAGAGUGUUUUCCUUUUGCUCUUGGUAGGAAUGGGGGCAAGUAAAGUUUUUGAUAUGAAACCUUAAUAGUGCCAUUCAGAUACCUCUGUCAAAACCUGGCUUCUGUGGGGUGUACAUGAUUAGUUUUAGCACUGACGUGUAACUAUAGAAUGGCAGGAACUGGAGCUGCUGUGGCUCCUCUUAUAAAGUAACUUGAAUACUCGAAAUUCAGUUCAAGUUUUCCUAUUUUGACUUUGUAGAUUGAAAGUUUAAAAGAAAU